CUACCAUGUCAUCCCAAUCUCCGUCUCAACCACCUCCCUUCUCCGAGUUCGAUUAUGCUUUUGAUCCAGCUCUUUCAGGAUUGUCUCCUCCUCUUCUUCCCAUCCCAUCUUCCGCAGACCUCUUCUCCCCAUCUGAAACAACUGAUCUCCUAGGUUUCCUCGACAACUUUAAUUGGGAUUUUGACGUAGAUCCCAUUCUCGCUGCGCCUUAUAUACCCCAAAACACACGCAAUCUUGACCAUUCGGGAGACAUUGCAUCGCCUGUACUCUCAGAGCAACAGAUGCCAUCAGAUACUAGACCUUCAUCUUCUUCGUCCGCGACUUCAUCACAGCCAGACUCCAGAGGUACAAAGCGCAAGAGAGCUUCUGCACCAUCAUGCCAGACGGGCAGAGCAAAAGUUCUCCUCUCAACCCCUCAGAAGAGACUCAAUCAUAUCAUGUCAGAGCAAAAGCGUCGUAAUGCCAUCCGUGAGGGCUACGCGCAGUUGAUAUCCCUUCUCGCUCCAGCUGGUGCACAGGCUAUUGAUAUGCCAACUAGGGGUAGACCCAAGGGCAGCGGCAGCAGGGGAAAGGGCCAGAGCAAAGGCAAGAGUGGAGUGCUCUUUCGAGCAGUGGAGUAUUGCCGGUGGCUUCAAGAAGGACGAGAUGCUUUGAGGGAUGAAGUACUUCGUCUGGAAGCUGCUGCGGGCAUUGUCUACCCGUCUCGAUAGUAAUGGGCAUACACCUUCUUCAUCAAGACAGGUUUAAUAUAGGAAUGGUUUUUCUUCUUGUCUACUACCAGCCCAGGGGCUCCAUGACCCCGGCUGCUUGCUAUAACGCGUGUCCGCAAAUUUUUGGAAAAUUUGCUCCCGGAGAUACAGUACUUAAUCCAUGCGCACUGGUCGAACUUUUCGACAUAUACCAAGAAUUGUAAUUUUGUGUAUUGUUCCCCACGUAUACUUACUGGCGUAUUUAAAAUUACCCGCGGCUCCAGAGACCGUGUAUCGAACUGCAAAACCGUAAUUUCCUGUUCUGCUACCGUCUCAACCGUUUCACCUGUAGGUUAUGUAACGUAAGUCAGUGUUUUAUGGUCUUAUAGAACAACUUGCCUUUCAAAAGUUCGUGGUUUCAGAGCAUGAUACCGGCCCUCAAUCGUGCC